AUUAUACCUAAUCAUGGCUAUUGAACAAACAGCUCAUAUGAUUUUUUUUUUGUCUAUGUUUCAUCAGUUUGGGCUGGAUAUAGCACUUAAUGUCGCUGGCAACCUGCAGAUGGGAGGAACCCGCUCCUCCGUCUACAACUUCGCUUCUGAAAGGAUCAUAGAGGAUCGCUACACUUUCAGCAUGCACAGUGUCACCUGUGCCCAUUAUGGUUUUUGUAUAUCAAGCACACCAUCCCUCAGCUCAGAGUUCAAAACUCAUUUAAGCUCACUGCCAAGUCAGUACACUUCCACCACUGCUGCUGCGUACAAGGAUGUCUUAAACACCUACGGCACACAUUACAUCAGACAGGUUAAUCUCGGGGGCCAAAUGAGAAGAGUCACAUCUUCGCUGACUUGUUUGUCCUCGUUAAAUGGGCUAACCUCAGAUGCGGUCCACUCCUGUUUAUCGAAAGGUAUUGCUGUCGGCCUGGGGAAGAUUAAGCUCUCUAGUGUCUCUACUUCCUGCAGUAAUGUCUUACAAAACUACAACUCUUCCACUGGCUAUGCCUCUGGUCUCCAUCAACACUACACUGAAGUAUCAGGAGGAAACGGUUGGUCGGGGGAGUUUGCUAUUUCCCAAAAUGAUUCCACGGGUUUCUCAACUUGGCUGAAAAGCUUAAAAGACCACCCAGAUGUUGUUUCUUACUCCCUCCGCCCACUUUAUGAGCUCAUGCCAAGCAACUCGCAAAAGUCAGGGAUGAAGGUUGCCAUUAAGCAGUAUUUGGAGAGCAACGCUGUGAAGAUCUCACCCAAAGAACCAUUCUGUUCGGGUGUUCCUAACCUGGGCACCAACUGCUGCCCCGUGGAGGCCUCCAAGGGGACCUUGAGUGUGACCAUUGUCCAAGCCUGGGGUCUGAACAGAGAUAAAAUUGGAAAAACUGAUGCUUUUGUUAAGAUGUGGUAUGGCCCCAUAUAUCAAAGGACCCACGACAUCAGUUCAAGCAAUCCAACGUGGAACACUGUGUUUAAUUUGGGCCAUUUGGACACACAUCAUACCCUGAAAGUUGAGGUUUGGGACCAAGACAGAGUGAGUGAUGACUGUCUCAUAUCGUGCUCGAGGGAGCUGACCGAGGGUAGCCACUCUUUCACCUGCUCGGGAAAUGGAAACCUAGAGGUUAAAUACACUCUGGUAUGUGACCCCUACCUGACUGGAGAUAGAUGUGCCUAUUUUAAACCAACUCUGUAGUCGAUUUCGAUUAAUUUCAUGAGCAAAAUGUUUCACUUUAAUCAUGUGUGACAGUAGCUUACUGGAUCUGGUAAAAAAAAAAUCAAAUUUCAGACUUGAUCUUUUAUGUUAAGUUUCAGUCCAACAUCCGUUGACCACAGACGGAUUAGCAAGCAUUGUGAAAAAUCUUUGUUCUUGUUUUCAACAAUUUUGACCAUGGACAAACAUAACCUGCUAUUAACUCACAAUAAAUCAAUUUUUGUAUUAAUGGUAAAACUUCUGUUGUGUGAAAAUUUGUGUAGCCGUUUUGCCAACCAAGAUUUUUAAAAUGUCUUACAAGAUUUUGACUUAAUGUAUCAAUACCCCUUGGAUAGUUAGAGAUAAUAUGGCACAUAUGUUGUUCCUAUCUAAUCACCUGUGUCUCUUAAUAUAUGGUAACCCCAUAAAGGCCAACAUUCAUCAGCUAAUUCACUGACCAUAAACAAUGUACUACUCAAAGUACCACCACAAUUAAUUUGUCUUCAAAAGAUAUAUCACCUAAGGAAUUUUGCUAUUAUCUGUAAUGUUACAAAAUAUUUCACCAGCACUCCUUUUUGUUUUUGUUUGAUUUAAGUUUUCACAAUUUGUAACUACGCUUUGCAGAAUGUUGAUAAUCUUCUUUCCCCUUGGAUUUAAUAAAGGCACAUUGAACUAA